AAAAAAAAAGGUGGCAUAGCAAUUGAAGAUCUAAACGAUGAAUUCGAAAUUCUCGUCGGAGAAUCUAUUCCUUAUUGUAGAUUAGGAUUUGCGAGUCUUCGUGCGCUUUUGCGAACUAUAGAUGGUUUGGAGAUAACUUGGAAUAAUUUUGGACUCAUCACUACUUAUCGUGAUCUUUUGUUGUCUACUAUAAAGACAUAUUACUACUAUUUCGAAUCGUGUUGUGAUUUUUUGCUUGGUUCGGUUGAUGUUUACAGCAACGCUACUUGCGACGAGAUGAUACGUGAUAUGACGGAACUCUUGCAAGUUCUCCGGUCCAAAUUUCAUCUUUCAAACACGGCCAUUACUAUCUGUACUUUUUCACCUUUGGCCAAUCUUGGCAUUCACGUUUAUAAGACACAAAACUUGGCGCUUUUUUCCUUCAAUAAUUGAAUAAAAUCUUUGGCGGAUGAUCCGGCCAAACGAGAUUCUUCUUUUGUCAACUAUCUCGUAAUAGAUUUGUACCAACAUUACUGAGUUGAUGGAGUAACGCAAAAGGCUUUCCAUCUUAACUUGAGGUAUUUAUAAUUUGAUCUUGUUCUUUUAAAUAUCUUUUUUGAUAGGGUCAUGAGGCUUCUCAUUUUUACAAAUAUCAUUAGUUGGUUUGAUUUUGCUCCAGCGUAAAUUCUGUUAAGGGUUUUGUUUCGUUCUGCUGUUAGGGAUACGGCAUAUUCUGACACCUUUGUCAGUUUCUUUGUAAGACGUUUCUAUACCUUUUAUUAUAAAGUUUUUGUAUAGGCAUAAUACUUUUCCACUGUUCACUCGAAAUAAUAAUAUCAAAUUCCUCAGAAACACGAUAACUUGAAUCAUUUUUUAUUGCCCCGAUAGAGUAAGAUGAUAUUUUAGGCGAGACUUUAGCAUUUUUGAUAUUAAAGUUCAAAAAGUUUAGUAAACUUCCUUAAUUUUAUCUCUGAAUCUAUCCGUGUUUUUUUCAGAUUUACACGGUCUAUUUUGAUUGAUUAUCGUAUAUAUGUGUUUUAUAUUUAGAUUCUAGAUAUAAAGGUUUACAAAUUAUAAAUGAUUUGUUGAAUAAAGUUUUUAUUUAUUUCUUCUCUCUACGUUCUCCUCUCUUGGGAGCACAUGGGAUGGGUCGGUUGUAGAUUGUUUGGUUGUUUGCUGCUGCAGAUAUUCGAGCUUUUUCUUUUAGAGCAAGUUGUUCUAAAAAUUUUACUUUCGCUUUUAAAAUCGCAAUUUCUCUCUUCUUUCUUAUUUCGUCUUCUGGAUUUAUAUAAGCAUAUAUCAAUUUCAUUUUCGUUUACAUUUAAAUUUAGUUCAACAGUUUGUCUUGUUCGUGAAGAAGUACAACAACAUUUAAUAGUUUUCUUGCAACUUGGUAUGUCUGUAAAUAAAUGCAGUACUGCAUCAAAUGCACAAGUUUGAUAAUCUUAUUAUCGAUAGUGACGUUUUUCUUUCAAUUAAAGGCUUUGUUAAAAUGUUAUGACGUUGACCUCUCAAUUGGCGCUUUCUUUCAUAUGAAUGAUUCUUUUCUUUUACAUUGAAAGCGGUAAAAUGUAUUUUUACAUUGACAUUAUUGCAUGGCUUACGCAUUAUCGUACCUAAUAUAAACGCGUUACAUUCUUUACAAGUACCAUAAAUAGAUAAAUAAUAUUUUGCUGAAUAAGACAGACUGACAUCAUGCUUCUUAAAUAAUAUCGUACAACUGAACUUUUUCUGCAGCCAUACUUUUUCUCUUACGACAUCUGUCCAGUUGCUUUGUAAGACGUGUCUAUACCUUUUAUUAUAAAGUUUUUGUAUAGGCAUAAUACUUUUCCACUGUUCACUCGAAAUAAUAAUAUCAAAGUUCUCAGUAACACAAUAACUUAAAUCAUUUUUUAUUGCCCUGAUAGAGUAAGAUGAUAUUUUAGGCGAGACUUUAGCAUUUUUGAUAUUAAAGGCUUCCUUAAUUUUAUCUCUGAUUCUAUCCGUGUUUUUUUUUUUUUCCAGAUUUACACGGUCUAUUCUAAUUAUCGUAUAUAUGUGUUUUAUAUCUAGAUUCUAGAUAUAAAGGUUUACAAAUUAUAAAUGAUUUGUUGAAUAAAGUUUUUAUUUAUUUCUUCUUUCUGCGUUCUCCUCUCUUGGGAGCAUAUGGGAUGGGUCGGUUGUAGAUUGUUUGGUUGUUUGCUGCUGCAGAUAUUCGAGCUUUUUCUUUUAGAGCAAGUUCUAAAAAUUUUACUUUCGCUUUUAAAAUCGCAAUUUCAUUCUUUGUGACAAUUCCUUUCGUAAUUCAUAUUGUGUAGCAGAUUAUUAUUAAUAAAUACGAUAUUACAACUUUUUACAUCAGCUACUUAGCGAAUAAUACGAACAAUCAUCGUUUGAACAACAAUGUCGUAACACGAAUCGUCGUCGCUGACCUUACGUGCUUAUUCGUUUGAAAUAAAGUUUCAAGAAGCAAGCCAAUUCUCGCAACUCGUUACAACGAGUUACUAAUACACGGCAUGUACAAAUCCGCAUUCGAAAGUUGCUGCGAAAGCUUUGAUCAUCAAUUUUCAAAAAUACAAAGUCUACACAUUGUUUUUACAUAUUGUAUUAUAUAUAUAAUAUUAUAUUAAGCUUUAGAUUUUAGAUCAAGUAAACAAGUCCUAUAGAAGUAAAACGUAUCGAAUUUCAUUAUCAGCGAUAUUCAUUUUUCCAUAUAAAUUAUUUUAAAUCAAGUUCGUUAAAAAGCAGCGAUUUAAAUCUUGGUAUUUUUUUCAUCUCAUGCGAUGUUGAUUAAAAUAAACUUUAAAAUAAUAUAAUUUAUGAAUAUUACCAUUGUGUUUUUAUGUAUACAGCUACGACACGCUAAGUAGCAUGUCACAAUCGUCGCGUGCGAUCUCGAGAGCCUUAAAUAUAGGGAAAUUCGAUACGACGACGAGAGUGUUUGCAACGACCGUCGAAAAAGCCGUGAUAGGUAUUGAUACGAAUUUCAUGGGAAAAAAA